AUGGUGUAUGAUCAUUUGAUUUGUAGAGGGUUUCCAACCACAUACACUACUUGGUUUUGGCAUGGGGAGUCAACUACAGGGGAAACUUCUAAUAGCACACCCUCGAUACAAAAUCCCUUAUACACUCAUGAUCCAAUACACAAUAUGAUCAACGUUGCUUUUGGGAUAUCUAGGGACCAUGUGAAUGUAGAAGCCUGGACCUCGCAUCAACCAGUACAUGAAGGUGAAGAAAGGAUGCCAGAAUUGAAUCAAGGACCUAAUGAGGAAGCUAAGGCAUUUUACGAUCUAGUUAGGGAUGGAAAUCAAGCAUUGUAUGAAGGAUGUACGAAGUACUCGAAAUUAUCAUUCCUAGUAAAACUAUAUCACAUCAAGUGCUUGUGCGGAUUGAGUAACGAAGCAAUGUCUAUGAUUUUAGAAUUGUUAAAAGAUGCCUUCGAACAUGCAAAGAUUCCUGAUUCUUUUUAUGAGGCGAAGAAAUUAAUUACCAAGCUUGGUCUUAAUUACAGUCAAAUACAUGCAUGUCCAAAUGACUGUAUGUUGUAUUGGGGAGAAGAUGAAAGUAGGGAGACAUGCAAAGUAUGUAACACGUCAAGAUGGAAACAAAGUAGGAAAGGUAACCCGACGAACAUGUCUAGUGGGGGCAAGAAAAGAAAAAAGAAACCUGUCAAAGUUUUACGGUACUUUCCACUUAAACCACGUUUGCAAAGGUUAUUUAUGUCUUCUAAAACUGCUGAACAUAUGAGGUGGCAUUCUGUGGAUAGUAACAAAGAUGGCUUGAUGAGGCACCCGAGAGACUCUGAGGCGUGGAAGAGAUUCGAUGAAACACACAUUGAAUUCGCAUCAGAUCCACGGAAUGUUAGGCUUGGGUUAGCUAGUGAUGGCUUCAAUCCUUUCAGAACUUUGAGUACCAACUAUAGCAUUUGGCCUGUGAUUCUUAUACCGUACAACUUACCCCCUUGGAUGUGUAUGAAGCAGACUUCCUUCAUCCUUUCAAUGAUCAUUCCGGGAAAGCAAAUGCCAGGGAAUGAUAUCGAUGUUUACUUACAACCCUUGAUUAAAGACUUGAAGGAUUUGUGGGAUAGUGGUGUGGAAACAUUUGACGCUUCACUCAAUCAAAUGUUUAAUAUGCGCACUGCAUUGAUGUGGACAAUUAGUGAUUUUCCUGGGCUUGGUAAUUUAUCUGGGUGGAACACACACACUGGUUCAGCUUGUCCAACUUGCAAUUUUGACACUGUUGCCCAUCGUCUACCUCAUAGUAGAAAGUGGAGUUUUAUGGGUCAUCGUCGAUUUUUAGAGCCAAAUCAUAGAUUCAGGUUUAACCGUGUUCACUUUGAUGGUAAUACAGAGUUUAGGAAUCCACCAAUGGCACUAUCAGGUUCAGAGAUAUUCAAGCAGUUGGAAAAUGUUCAUGUUACAUUUGGGAAAGGGAUGGAGGUUGAAGAUAACAGAAAAAGAACUCACCGAAAAAAUACUGUAGAAAGUGGUUGUCAACAAUGGAGAAAGAAAAGUAUAUUUUUCCAACUUCCUUAUUGGGAGUACAACUUGUUGCGCCAUAACCUUGAUGUUAUGCACAUUGAGAAGAAUGUGUGUGAUAAUGUCUUGUAUACCAUUCUCAAUGAAAGUGGAAAAACAAAAGAUAAUCUCAAUGCUCGAAAAGACUUGAAAGAGAUGGGCGUAAGAAGUGAUCUUUGGCCAAAUGAAAAUGGAUAG